GGUAGAAACAGAGAAGACGCAGUUCAUAUUAUUCUACGGCACAUAAUUCCGAGAUGGCGCGUGGAGGAAUAUGGCAUAUUUCGGUGUUGGUCUACGCAAUCUUUGGUUUUCACAUGAAUACUGCUCAGAUAUUUAUUGGUGAUUCGAAUACCCCUGGUAUCCUCUACGCUUCCCUGCCGGAACCACGAGAUGAUACCUACAUCAUGGACACCCGCUUCACCCUGAUACGUCUCUCAGAAAAUAGGGGAAUAGAUGGCAUUGACUAUGAUCCAGAGAAUGAAAUGGUGUACUGGAAUGAUUUCAGUGGGAGUCAAAUAAGUCGAAUCCAACUUGACGGCACGAACCAAGAAGUCAUUAUUUCUACGAGCUCCCCUCAUUCUAUCGCUCUCGAUCUGGUGAACGGGAAGAUCUACUGGACGAUGUAUAAUGAUAAGGCUAUCUCACGUGCCAAUCUCGACGGUAGCUCGGUAGAAGAACUCUUCAAAUAUACGAGUUUUGCGCAACCUACUUCAAUCUUGGUGGACCCCGUCAGUGGGUUUCUUCUCUGGUCAACACGCUUAGUCAAUCAAGUUGUCAAGGCAACACUAAACGCCACUAACGAGGAGGUUGUGAGACCCAUCUAUGCUGAGGGGAUGUUCAAUGAGGAAUGUGCUGAUGACACCACCCGCUUGUUUUACUACACGGAAAAGACUAAAUUAGGCGUCACGAAUCUAGACGGGAGUAGCAAUAGAAUCAUCAAAGUAUUCUCCGAAAAAACAAUGGGUAGUUCCCUCAGCAAGUACGGCAGCAAGCUGUUCUGGUCAGCUCAGUCACGUUCGCCGAGUUUUACCCUCACGGGCUUGAUCAACGAGUAUGAUAUGAAGUCAUCAACUCUUACGAUUCACAACAGUACGGUGACAUUGUUAAACGGCGACGAGCUUGUCAUCAACCCUCUGACCACUCGGAUCAUAUCACACACUCCAUAUAAUGAACCCGUUGCCAUCGAGGGUUGCCCUGACAACAUCGUCGUCAACAUCGACGAGAACGCUUCGAAUGCGUCAUCGAUCUCAUGGACCGAGCCCGGACUCAACAGCUGGUCCAGCUGUCCCACAAUGGUCUUUCAGGGAACAGGAACUAAUGAAGGAGAUUUCUCUUUGGGCAUAACCGAGCUGUCCUAUCGGGCCAGUGAUGCGGCAGGAAAUACAGAUGAUUGCCAAUUUUCGGUGACAGUGCGCAGGUCUAGUGCAGAUGAAACAUUGCCCCCGACUACGGGACAGCCGACUACGGGACAGCCGACUACGGGACAGCCGACUACGGGACAGCCUUCGGGUAGCACUGCGCUCGUCACUUCAUGUUCUUCCGUUCUCCUAGUCCUUUGCAUCGCCCUCUUCCUCAUCGUCCUCAAAUAGGUCAUUGAUCGUCCACACAUCUUCGCCCUCUUCAUUUAAGCUGGUUGGUCGUUUAAUACCUGUGCAGAGCCACGGCGAGAAAAUGCAGAAAACAAAGAGUGGUGCCGUGCUGUUGCUCAAUUGUCUAUGUCGUUGAAUAAUAAAGAUAUGAAUAGGGCUAGGUUUGUAAGAAGGUAAGGUAAGGUUUUUAAUAGGUUAGGUUUAGUUUUCUAGGUAGUGUUAAUUUUUGGAAUUCGGUGAUCCCAGAUGUUUUUUUUUUGCAGGGUAAAUUAUCGUAGAAUCGAAGAAAAAGUGGCGAUUUGCCCAUCAGUGACGUAUUUUUUAUCUUUCACUAUUGUACUGUGGUUUGAGUGUAAAGGAUAAGUUGAGGAGUUUCCGAUAUCGUAGUUGUUUAUGCGUCUGGAAAUCAUUGUUAUUUAAGUAAAUCUAUAUAUAUAUGGAUUACGUUUGUUGGGAAUGACACUCACAAUGAAAAUCACAUAACCAUUACAAUAUAAUGUAUUUAUGAUACUCUUGUAUAUCAGUUAUAAAGGCUACCUUACCAGGUGAAGUUUAGGCUCUGCAAUUCAAUAUUUCAUUAUCUUUUUCAUUAGCUUGUUUACAGAAUGUGGAUGGCUUGAAAACAAAGCAUCUUAUUGGUUAUAAAUUAUCUAUAUGCGCAAAUUGAUUUGGAAAAGCUUUGUGAGGGUGUUUGCUCUUAUUUUUUGUCUUAAUCAGUCAAAUCUGUCCAACGACGUGAGGUUGCCCUAGACGACUUGUAAACAGGAUAAUAAACUCUUUGAUUAAAAAGCAAGAAACUUUA